UGUGAUUUUGUGGUUGUGGUUAUUGCGGAUACGUGAGAUUUAUUUUGGUGUUUAACUGAAUAGAUUGAAGAAAGAAGUUAAUUAAUAUAAGACCGAAGAAAACAAAUAUAUUAAAUGUGUGUUUCAUAAUGGAUAAAAUACCUAGAACCCACGAAGCAAUUGAAGCUCAGAUACGUGAAAUACAGUCAAAGAAAAAUGAGCUGCCAGAGAAUGGUUCAGCAAAAGGUGUAUCCUUAGCUGAUACUUAUUAUGAUGCUGACAUAUAUGAUAGCUCUGGCCAGACUGGGAAAUCUAGAUAUGAUGGAUAUGUGACUUCUAUAGCUGCCAAUGAUGAAAAUGAGGAUGAAGAUAUAGAAAAUGUCCCUGUUACACAAAAGAGGCCAGGCUAUACAGCCCCAGCAUCAAUUCUAAAUGACAUAGCACAGAGUGACAAAGACUAUGACCCAUUUGCUGAUAAAAGACGCCCAACAAUUGCAGAUAGAGAAGAUGAAUACCGUCAGAAGAGGCGUAGGAUGAUUAUAUCUCCUGAAAGAAUUGAUCCUUUUGCAGAAGGUGGAAAAACCCCUGAUAUUGGUUCAAGAACAUACACAGAAAUUAUGAAAGAGCAAUACCUUAGGGCUGAAGAAACGGAGUUACGAAAAAAACUAUUGGAAAGAGCUCAAGAGGGAACAUUGAAACCCGUUUCUCAUGCCAAUGGUGAUGCUACUAAAGCAGCUACUAAACGUAGAGGCAGGUGGGAUCAAAGUUCUGAAGAGACACCUACAGUGAAGAAAGUUGUAUCAGCUACACCAAGCUCCCAGGCUACGCCAUCCUGGGAAAAUGAGAGAGGUGCUUGGGAAGAAACUCCAAGUGCAAUGGGUAGAGGUGGAGAGACACCCGGCGCUACUCCCUCAGCUCGUGUGUGGGACGCCACUCCUGGACAUGCGACCCCAGGCCAUGCAACACCUGGACGUGAAACACCAGCUCAGCAGGCCUCCAGGCGUAAUCGCUGGGAUGAGACACCUAAAACUGACAGAGAAACACCGGGCCACAACAGUGGAUGGGCUGAAACGCCGCGUACUGAUCGCGGAGCUGGUGUGGAGGGGAUCCAAGAAACGCCGACCCCUGCUACGAAACGUCGUUCCCGCUGGGACGAAACACCGGGCGCUACGCCCAUUGCGGCUACUCCCACACCUUCUCAUGCUACGCCAUCACAUGCCACCCCGACCCAUGCGACACCUGUGCAUGCCACUCCGACACCUCAUACACCCAUGUUUACACCUGGUGGCUCAACCCCAGUUGGAGUGAAAGCGAUGGCAAUGGCCACACCAACCCCUGGACACAUUGCAGCCAUGACUCCAGAGCAAUUGCAAGCUUACCGCUGGGAAAAAGAAAUAGAUGAACGUAAUAGACCGUACACUGACGAAGAACUCGAUUCCAUGUUCCCACCCGGGUACAAGGUUUUGCCCCCACCUGCUGGUUACGUGCCCAUACGGACUCCGGCCCGUAAGCUGACCGCUACGCCCACGCCGUUGGCUGGUACCCCAAUCGGAUUUUUCAUGCAGACGGAGGAAGCCGGUGGCUCGGCUGCUGCCGCCGCCAGGCUUCUAGAUCCGCAGCCCAAGGGGUCCCAGCAGCUGCCCUUCAUGAAGCCCGAGGACGCGCAGUACUUCGACAAGCUGCUCAUUGACGUCGACGAAGACUCUCUGUCGCCGGAGGAACUCAAAGAGAGAAAAAUUAUGAAACUUCUUCUCAAAAUUAAGAAUGGUACACCACCCAUGUGUAAAGCGGCGUUGCGUCAGAUAACAGACAAGGCGCGAGAGUUUGGUGCAGGCCCACUCUUCAAUCAGAUACUGCCGCUGCUCAUGAGUCCCACCCUCGAGGACCAGGAACGUCACUUGCUUGUCAAAGUCAUUGAUAGAAUAUUGUACAAACUGGACGAUUUGGUGCGCCCCUAUGUACACAAGAUUCUUGUUGUAAUUGAGCCCUUGUUGAUCGACGAAGACUACUACGCGCGUGUUGAGGGUCGAGAAAUUAUCUCGAACCUAGCGAAGGCUGCCGGCCUGGCGACCAUGAUCUCCACGAUGAGACCAGACAUUGACAACAUUGAUGAAUACGUGCGAAACACAACCGCCAGGGCUUUCGCAGUAGUCGCUUCUGCUUUGGGUAUACCAUCCCUUCUACCAUUCUUAAAGGCUGUGUGUAGAUCAAAGAAGUCAUGGCAAGCGAGACACACUGGUAUCAAGAUUGUCCAACAGAUCGCCAUUCUAAUGGGGUGUGCCAUAUUACCCCACCUCAAGUCACUUGUGGAGAUCAUUGAGCAUGGGUUGGUUGAUGAACAACAAAAGGUCAGAACAAUUACGGCCUUAGCUAGUGCUGCAUUAGCCGAAGCAGCAACACCUUAUGGUAUCGAGUCCUUCGACUCUGUACUGAAACCAUUGUGGAAGGGUAUAAGAACCCACCGUGGUAAGGGUCUGGCAGCCUUCCUGAAGGCCAUCGGUUAUCUCAUUCCUCUUAUGGACGCCGAGUACGCUAAUUAUUAUACCCGUGAAGUAAUGUUGAUUCUGAUCAGAGAGUUUCAGUCUCCUGAUGAAGAAAUGAAGAAGAUUGUCCUCAAGGUAGUGAAACAGUGUUGUGGCACGGACGGUGUGGAGCCUCAAUAUAUAAUGGAUGAAAUAUUACCACAUUUCUUCAAACACUUCUGGAACCAUCGGAUGGCACUUGAUCGUCGAAAUUAUCGACAACUGGUCGACACUACUGUGGAGAUAGCGAAUAAAGUUGGUGCUUCGGAAAUUAUUAACAGGAUAGUGGACGAUCUCAAAGAUGACAAUGAACAGUACAGAAAAAUGGUGAUGGAGUCUAUUGAAAAGAUUCUGGCAAAUUUGGGCGCUGCUGAUAUUGACUCCAAACUUGAAGAAGCACUCAUUGACGGCAUACUUUACGCGUUCCAGGAACAAACGACUGAGGAUGUCGUUAUGCUAAAUGGUUUUGGCACUAUAGUGAAUCAGUUGGGGAAACGUGUAAAACCAUACUUGCCCCAGAUCUGUGGUAUAAUUCUGUGGAGGAUGAACAACAAAUCCGCCAAGGUCCGCCAACAGGCAGCUGACCUCAUCUCCAGGAUUGCAGUUGUCAUGAAGACAUGUCAGGAGGAGAAGCUAAUGGGUCACCUUGGUGUUGUGUUGUAUGAGUACCUCGGGGAGGAGUACCCGGAGGUGUUGGGUUCAAUUCUCGGAGCCCUGAAAGCUAUUGUCAAUGUUAUAGGUAUGACUAAAAUGACCCCGCCCAUUAAGGACCUGUUACCAAGGUUGACACCCAUUUUGAAGAACAGACAUGAGAAAGUGCAAGAGAACUGUAUCGAUUUAGUCGGGCGUAUUGCAGACAGAGGCCCAGAGUUUGUGUCGGCGAGGGAAUGGAUGAGGAUAUGCUUCGAGUUGCUGGAGCUGUUGAAGGCCCACAAGAAAGCGAUCCGAAGAGCGACCGUCAACACCUUCGGUUAUAUCGCCAAGGCCAUCGGUCCUCACGAUGUGCUCGCCACCCUACUUAACAAUCUGAAGGUCCAGGAACGGCAGAACAGAGUGUGCACCACAGUCGCCAUUGCCAUCGUGGCUGAGACGUGUUCGCCAUUCACGGUGCUUCCCGCGCUCAUGAACGAGUACCGCGUGCCCGAGCUCAACGUGCAGAACGGAGUGCUCAAGUCUCUGUCCUUCCUGUUCGAGUACAUCGGGGAGAUGGGCAAGGAUUACAUUUACGCCGUUUGCCCUCUGCUGGAAGACGCGUUGAUGGACAGAGAUCUGGUCCACCGGCAGACGGCGUGCGCGGCCAUCAAGCACAUGGCACUAGGCGUGUACGGUUUCGGGUGCGAAGACGCUCUCAUACACCUGCUGAACCACGUGUGGCCCAACAUAUUCGAGACGUCCCCGCAUCUCGUACAGGCGUUCAUGGACGCCGUCGAGGGCAUGCGGGUCGCGCUUGGCCCGGUCAAAAUACUGCAAUACGCGUUACAGGGAUUGUUCCACCCCGCUCGGAAAGUCCGGGAUGUUUAUUGGAAGAUCUACAACACGCUGUACAUCGGAGGACAGGACGCGCUCGUGGCGGGAUAUCCCCGGAUACAGAAUGAACCAAAUAAUCACUUUAUUCGAUACGAACUGGAUUAUAUGUUGUAAGGUUUCAUUUUCUAGGUAAGAAUGUAGACAUUUUGAUUUAAUUGCAAUAAAAAUUAACCAAACACAA